UACGAAACGGCUCAAAUGACACAAGCAAACAGAUAAGCAGUUUUUCUAGGCUAAUAGACACUUAUACAGUGUCUGUGUUACAAUAGAAUAUUCCCAGAUACAGAGCACUGGGCAAAACAUGAUGCCGAGACUCCAUCGUAGUAUUACCUCAGGCCUUUUGAUCAUUUGGAUCCUCUCUUUGACAGUAUAUGGGGGUCCGUUACAAGCUGAUUCUUCAUUAGAUCGGAUCGAUUGUCUACCUGGUGGUGUAGAAUAUGGCGAAGAUGCGUGCUUAAGAAAAGGCUGUGUUUGGGAUCCAAACGUCAGUAAUGGAAUUCCUCAUUGUUUUGUGCCAAAAAAAGGUUAUGGAUACAAAGUAGCUUCUGCGAAGUUAGAAUAUGGUCGCAGUUUUUCCGUGGAAUUAGAAAGAAUUGCUGUCGACAAAUCCCUAUACGGUGGAGACUACGACAGGAUAACUUUUGAAGUUACCUAUAUAUCGAACGAAAUAUUGCGUUUUAAGUUGAGAGACAUGGAAAAUAAGAGAUUCCAAGUACCAGUACAGGAGAAGUUUGAAUUAUUAAACGAUUUACCAGAGAUUAGCACGUUAGCGUAUAAAAUUGAUUUCAAUGAAACAAUAGGAGAACAAUUCAGCUUUGCCAUACGUCGACAUUAUGACAACACCAUACUUUGGGAUACAAGCAUAGGAGGACUUACAUUUGCUGACCAGUUUCUUCAAAUUGCUACCUAUCUGCCUACGGAGAAUAUUUACGGAUUUGGCGAGAAUGUGCAUGAGAGUUUUAGACACAACAUGCAAUAUAAAACAUGGGCUCUAUUUUCAAGAGACGAACCUCCAUCUAACGGUAAUAUAAACCUGUACGGCGUUCAUCCUUUUUACACGUGCUUAGAAAACAAUGGGAAGUCUCACGGUGUUCUACUUCUAAAUAGCAAUGCUAUGGACUACACCCUUCUUCCCGCACCAGCUCUUUCAUACAGGGCAAUUGGUGGUAUUUUAGAUUUCUUUGUCUUUGUGGGUGAAACUCCCGAGGACGUCAUUUUUCAUUACACUAGCUUAAUUGGGCGUCCCGUGAUGCCACCUUAUUGGGCCUUAGGAUUUCAGAUCUCAAGGUAUGGUUACAACAAUAUUGGCUCAAUGAUGGCAGCAGUUGAAAGGACCAAAAAUAAUAACAUUCCUCUGGAUGUACAACAUGCAGAUAUCGAUCACAUGAACAACGAAAAAGACUUCACGUGGGAUGAGGAUAACUUUCCUGACCUAGAUAAAUAUAUGGAAAGGGAAAAAGAAAAAGGAAUGCAUUUUAUUAUUAUUCUUGAUCCAGCUCUAGUAGCUAACGAUUCUUCGUACGAACCUUAUUUUGAGGGUCUUUCUCGAAAAGUAUACAUAACCUGGCCAGAAGACAUUCCCGAAGAAGACCGAGAUUAUCCACCAAAUGUAGAUACAAGUACUGGCAUAAUGUUUGGAAAAGUUUGGCCUCCUGGUCCAGUAGCGUUUCCCGAUUUUUUCAAGAAAGAAACUCAAGAGUGGUGGGUAGAACAAAUUGUAAAAUACUACAACAAUGGAUUGAAGUUCGAUGGAAUUUGGAUAGAUAUGAAUGAACCUGCUAACUUCGGAACCAACCAUGACAUUCCGUGGUAUUGCCAUGACAAAGAGAACCCUGGAGUUUGUUGGAGCCUUCACUGUCCCAUAAAUAAAUAUGAUGAUCCGCCGUACAAGACUUAUGCUGCCUACGCUUACGGUAAAGAUGUUCGAUUGUCUGACAAGACUGUGUGCCUGGCAGGGACACAAGGUAACAAUGAUAUGUAUCGGCAUUAUGACGUUCACAGCAUAUAUGCUUGGGGUCAGGUGAUAGCAACAUUGGAGGCCGCCCACAGAGCAACAGGACAACGAAGUAUUGUAAUUACCCGCAACACUUACCCAUCUUUCGGACAAUGGGCUGGUCAUUGGCUGGGAGACAACUUCAGUCGCUGGGUUGAUCUUCAUCGCUCUAUAAUAGGAAUGCUGGAAUUCAAUCUGUUUGGAAUACCAUACGUGGGAGCAGACAUUUGUGGAUUCUUUGAUGUUCCCUCACCAGAAAUGUGUAAGCGAUGGCAGCAGCUGGGGGCAUUCUAUCCGUUUUCUAGAAAUCACAACGGAUUAAACAAUCCAGAACAAGAUCCUGGUGCAUUUGGGGACGAAGUAGCUAUACCUGCCCGGCGCGCACUGGAGAUACGAUAUCGCCUUCUUCCGUACAUUUAUACUCUGUUCUACUUUUCUUCGUUAUUAGGCUCCACUGUGGUGAGGCCAGUUUUUCACGAAUUUCCCACUGACAAAAAUACUUUUGGAAUUGAUCGACAAUUCCUUUGGGGUCCUGCUGUACUCAUAUCACCUGUUCUGGAAGAGGGCCAAACCGUAGUUAAAGCCUAUUUACCCAACGACGUGUGGUACAAUUACAAAACCGGACAAAAAGAAACCGAAGUCGGCAAGGAAAUUCAAAUAACAGAUCUAGAAGACCCUCCGAUACACAUUCGAGGUGGCUUCAUUCUACCUGCUCAAGAUCCGGGCCUCAACACUGCUGAAAGUCGCAAGAACCCAAUGUCUCUCCUCGUUUACCUUAAAGACGGGCAAGCAGUUGGGGACCUGUUCUGGGACGAUGGCGUCAGCGUUGGUAAAAAAAAAUCUUAAUUGUAUUCAUCCUUAAAUUAUCUAGGUAUACUUUAGUAACUUAUAUCACU